CAUAGUCCUUCCUCAUCUUGAGGACUAAGGAAGCCUUAUUGAAGGAAUCCUUAUUUUAUCAAGACUUCCUUGUUUCAUGAAGAGAUCUUAAGGUUUCCUUGUAGAAGGAACCUGUUUUCUAGGAACUUUUAGUAACUUACGAUUUAUAUGCCACUUCUUCAUCAGAAAGCGCGAAAAAAUAUAACCUAUUUACUUAUUAAAUGCAAUUUUGGAAGGUGAAUAAGUGCAAUUAUGGAAAGUGAAUCUAAAAAUAUUCAUUAUACCGAAAAGAAGCGGAUGCUCCUUGUUCAACUAGUAUCUGAAGAAAAAGAUGUAAUAGAAAAUAAAAGAACAGGAGCAACAGAUUUGAAAGCUAAAACUGAAGCUUGGGAAAGAAUUGUUAAAAAAUACUGCAGUGAAGGCUGUAUACCCCGUACUAGCAAACAGCUUAAAAAAUGCUGGGAUAACAUGAAGCAGAAAAACACCACAAUAAAGGCUCAGCGUCUUAUGACGGGUGGAGGUUGUCCAGUAACGAUACCUAAUGAUCCAGUCAUGGAUGCUAUGGAUGCCGCAACUCCAAACUUGGAUCUUGAAGUAUGGUGUCCAUAUGACAGUACCGCUGAAUUCAAAAAAGAAUAUAAUAUAAAAAGUGAUUCAGGGAAAAGGCAAAUAAUUAUAAGUGAUGAUGAGGAUGAUGCCGUGCCUGAUGUGCCUAAAAAAUUUGAUACUUCAAAACUCAUCAACACGAAGAUAAUAAAAUCUAAUUCAAAUGAUAUAGUAAAUAUAAGCAGAAACGUCAACAAUUCUAAAGUAGCUUUUCAGCCUGAUGUAGGCAAUGAACUUAAAAAUAUACGUGACGAAAAAGAGUUACGGUUGAUAAAACUUCGUGAAGGUAUUGAACAGCAACGGGAACUGUAUGCUAUAAAAUUGAAGGUUGCAGAUGCUGAAUUGAAAAUUACAUUGCUGAAACUUUCCUUAACAGAAGAGACAGUCCAACUGCAAUCUGAGGGAACUGUGAUUACAGAGUAAUCUUGUGAUAUUUAAUUAAGCUUUCAUAUGUUA